AUGGCUAUUGGAAGCAAAAAGAAGUCACCCAGCACGGGUGAGGCUAAGGAAGCCGGUGGUCCACCUUAUGAGGGUAGUGAUGAAAUUCCGGGGGAGCCAAGACAGGUGCCAGUGCUGCAGCGGAGACUCAAGAGCAGACACUUGCAAAUGAUUGCAAUUGGUGGCACGAUUGGUACUGGUCUGUUCAUUGGAAGCGGAACAGCUCUGGCGAAUGCUGGUCCUGUUGGUGCCUUGAUUGCGUAUAUUUUCAUCGGCUCCAUCGUUUUUUCGGUGAUGACCUCUCUCGGAGAAGUAGCAACUUAUCUUCCAGUCGCGGGAGCAUUCACAUCUUAUGCAACGCGCCUGGUUGAUCCCAGUCUCGGCUUUGCCAUGGGUUGGAUAUAUUGGUUUUCCUGGGCCAUCACUUUUGCUCUUGAACUCACGGCCACGGGCCUUAUCAUUCAAUACUGGGACUCUACUAUCCAAAUUUCGAUAUUCAUCGGAGUAUUCUGGGUGUUAAUCACCGCACUCAACUUCCUGCCGGUCAACUUCUAUGGCGAACUUGAGUUCUGGUUCUCAGCCAUCAAGAUUUUGACGGUCAUCGGCUUCAUGAUAUUUGCUAUAUGCGUCGAUGCUGGCGUGGGUCAACAAAGAUACCUUGGUUUUCACAAUUGGGUGCACCCUGGUCCUUUUGCCGAUUAUCUGGUGACACCGGGUCCAACGGCCAAAUUUACCGGCUUCUGGGCUGUUCUUAUUCAAGCUGGCUUCUCAUGCCAGGGAACUGAGCUGGCGAUUCGGACGACUUUCCUCCGUAUCAUUCUUUUCUAUGUUCUCUCCGUGUUCUUCAUUGGUCUCCUAGUGCCGUCUGAUAAUAAGGAACUCCUGACGGGCACAACAAAUGCUGCAGCGUCACCAUUUGUCAUUGCGGCAAAACUAGCCGGCAUCAAGGUUCUGCCUAGUCUCAUCAAUGCUGUCCUGUUGGUUGUGGUUCUAUCUGCUGCCAAUGCGAACGUCUACAGUGGUAGCAGGAUGUUGAUCGGGCUCGCACAAGAACGUUUUGCACCCGCGUUCUUCACCAAAACUAACAAAGGAGGCGUUCCUUAUUAUGGAGUAGCUGCCACCGCAGCAUUUGGUCUCCUAGGAUUCCUGAACGUGUCCAACUCUGGGUCCACUGUUUUCAACUGGCUGCUAAACAUCACUACAGUUGCAGGCUUUAUUCUCUGGGCGUCCCUCAAUGUCUGUCACAUCGCGUUUAUGCGUGCAUUGAAAGCUCGGAAGAUGUCCAGAGACUUACUGCCUUACAAGGCGCCGUUCCAGCCUUUCCUUGCAUAUUAUGGACUCUUUUUCAACAUUCUCAUCAUGUUGACGCAAGGCUUUACCGCGUGGAUUCCUUCAUUCGAUGUGGAGAGCUUUUUCAUCGCUUAUAUCAGCCUUAUCCUCUUCGCCAUACUAUACAUUGGCCACAAGCUCGUGUUCCGAGACAGAUUCGUCUCUCCCAUGCAAGCCGACCUUGACACCGGACGACUUGAGAUUGAGAGUGAAUACUGGGAGAUAAAGGUGCCUACUACAUGGUAUGGCAAAGUAUGGAUGUGGAUUACCGGGUGA